AUGGAUCAAUUCACUUGUUCCUACACCGAAUCCUCAUCUUCAUCCUCGUACGAACAACAACAACAACAACAACAACAUCAACAACACACACUCAAAUUGCGCAAACCAUCGUACCAUAAUUCUCUCCAUUCGGUUCAUAAGCCACUGGCCCUUAGGAAACCAACCGUGAAACAUUUCAUCGCACCGUUGCCCCCCACUCCACUCAAAAUUUACCACGUCGAGCCAUCAAAUUUCAAGGAAGUCGUUCGCAUGCUCACAAGCACCCCCAAAUUUCAAUACUCAGCCUCACACCGACUAAAAGACAAAGCUCCACCACCUCUUGUCCUAUCCGUACCUAAGCCAACCUUAUCUCCCAAACCAACAACACAACCACCACCAUCACCGCCGUUAGAUGGUGGAGGAAUGAUGAGCCCACUAUCGAACUUCAUCAUGUCACCGGAUUUUUGCAACUUGUUGAAUGAAACCAUGCAAACCAGUACGUUAAAUUCAUCGAUACCAGCUGGGAUGGAUUGUUUUGAAGAUUGGAGUCCAGACGGGUUAGGUUUGUCCCCGAAAUCAGUUGGUCAUGAUCCAUUCGGUGGUGCACUCAUGAGUCCAAUGGGGUUAGGUUUGUCUCCGGCUUCGUUUUCUUGGUGUUCGUCGGUUCUUUUCAGUCCUGGAACCCAUUCGGUCGUGAAUCAAAGCUCGGUUCUCUAG